ACACACACACACAAAAAAAACCAACAAAAAAAACGGGCGUGCUGUCGCGAGAGCAGCGUGUCGGGUUCACAGCACUGGAUUGAAGGCUGGAUUGUGCACCUCUCCUCUCCGUCGUUAUUUUUACCGGGACAGCACGAGACUGGAACGGGACACUAACGGGACCCGAGGUGAGAACUCCAUCUACGAGAGAUAAAGGCAGAGUGAGAGCAGAGAAGAGAUAUUAGGCUGAACAGAAGUAAAGGACUGUGGAAGGACUGAAGACACUUACCAGAAAGAGACCAAAGCUCUCCAUCGCUCUGUCUUCCUAUUCUCUUUGUUUGUCAUUCUCUCUCUAAUGGGAGUAACUUAGAACACGUUGCUCCAUCUCAUUCCCCUGUCCCUCCCUGGUGACGGGAGCGCCCAGCAGGAUGUGAUGUCGUGGAAGAGGAACUACUUUGCGUCAGGCGGUGGCAGCGGAGAUCCUGGUGGAGGGCUACAGGGACUGAUCACGGCCCCUCGGACUAUGGCCUCCUUCGCCCCGAGUAAAGGCCUUAGCAACGAACCUGGACAGAACAGCUGCUUCCUAAACAGUGCUCUGCAGGUCCUGUGGCAUCUGGAUAUCUUCCGUAGAAGUUUCCGGCAGCUGACCACCCACAAGUGUAUGGAAGACUCCUGUAUCUUCUGUGCCCUCAAGAGUAUAUUUGCCCAGUUCCAGUUCAGCAGUGAGCGUGUGUUACCGUCCGACAUGUUGCGGAGCGCACUAGCCAAGACCUUCCAGGACGAACAACGCUUCCAGCUGGGGAUCAUGGACGACGCAGCAGAAUGCUUUGAGAACCUGCUGAUGCGUAUCCAUUUCCACAUCAGCGCAGAGACCAGAGAGGACAUCUGUACGUCUAAACACUGUAUACCACACCAGAAGUUUGCCAUGACGCUGUUCGAACAGUGUGUGUGCAGUAGUUGUGGAGCCUCGUCGGACCCCCUUCCCUUCAUUCAGAUGGUUCACUACAUCUCUACCACGUCCCUCUGUAACCAGGCGGUGAGGAUGUUAGAGUGUAGAGAGAAGCCCACCCCCAACAUGUUCGGAGAGCUGCUCCGCAACGCCAGCAACAUGGGGGACCUACGCAACUGCCCGAGUAACUGUGGGGAGGUGUUGCGUAUCCGUCGUGUGUUGAUGAACUCUCCAGAGAUAGUGUCCAUCGGCCUGGUCUGGGACUCAGACCACUCUGACCUGGCUGAGGACGUCAUUCACAGCCUGGGCACCUGUCUACGCCUGGGGGAUUUGUUCUACCGUGUGACAGAGGAGAGAGCUCGUCAGGCUGAGCUGUACCUGGUUGGUAUGGUGUGUUACUAUGGUAAACACUACUCCACAUUCUUCUUCCAGACUAAGAUACGCAAGUGGAUGUACUUCGACGACGCUCAUGUCAAAGAGAUUGGUCCUAAGUGGAAGGAUGUGGUGUCACGCUGUAUAAAGGGUCACUACCAGCCUCUAUUGCUGCUCUAUGCUGACCCCCGGGGGACGCCGGUGGUAUCGCAGGACAUCUCCUCCCUGUCUAACCCCCAGCUGGACCUGCUGCACUGCAGCAAGGCAGGAUAUGAGAGCGAGGACUCUGGACGGGAGCCCUCCAUAUGCAGUGAUGCCCGUACAGAUUCCUCUGACAGCUCCAGCCACCGAGACUCUCGAAAUCGCCCUCUCCGCCAGUCAACAGGCAGCCACCUGUCCAACAAAACGCAGACCAUCGUUGUCGGUAACCAUGACAACGGUGCAGUUGCAGCAGUGCUGGGCUAUAACCAAAGCCUGCACACAUUCUAUAGUCCCCCAGGAUCAGAGUCCGAGAUCCGUAAACACCAGUGGGCGCAGAGACCCCCUCUGCCCCCCUCCCCUCCCCUGCAGCAGGGUGACUAUAAAGAGACAGCUGUGUUCCUCCUUUCCUCUCGUCGCCCCACGUCAUCUUGCUCUUCCUUCCAUCCCCCCUCCUCUACCUGUUCCCCCUAUCCCGUCUCCUCCUCCUGCUCUUCCUCCCGUCCCAUGUCCUCUUCCUCCUCCUCGGGGAUAGGGGGGUCUGUACUGGGAUCUGAGGCAGGGGCCGUGGUGCCACACUGGGAGGAUGAGAGCACCAGCAGUGAGUCCAAGUCUAGUUCGCCUGGGGGUCGAAGUUACCGGCCGGCCUGGAGGCCACGGAGGGAUGCCCUGAACAUCGACAGCAUCUUCACCUGCCAGAGAGGCUCUCCGCUGGGCUACAGCACCCUGCCUGGGCCCCCUCUACCUUCUGAGUUUCAACAACACUGUCCAACUAACACGGCUGAUCUGCAGGGGGCAAGAGAGAGGGCCGGGGGUGUAGGUGGUGUGGGGGGAGAUACGGAGGGGGUGGCAGGGAUGCCUGGGUUGCUAGGCAACGGCGCGGACUGCCCCCCUCCUCCCCCGUUGAGAGGGGCGGAGUCUCAGCCUCGUCUGAUCCAGAGGAUGGAGAGUGGUUAUGAGAGCAGCCCUGACAGGGAGGUAGGUCAGAAGCGUGUGUUGAUGUCUGGUCCAUCGUGGCGCACUGUGCCCAAGUCUAAGAGCACUAGUGCCAUCCUGCAGGAGCUGCCAGCACCUCGCUGGGGCUGCAACAACAGCCUGGGCGCUGGCCGUAGCGAGCUGGAUGAGCUUCAGGAGGAGGUGGUGAGGAGAGCGAGGCAGCAGGAGCAGCAGAGGAGAAAGGAGUCGGAGAGAGAAGCUGCCGUGGGAUUUAACCCCAGACCCUCUAAAUACAUGGACUUAGACCAGCUACAACACCAAGCUGUGUUCAGCCCCCUGCAUGAGGCUAAUUCUCGUAGUGGAUUGACUGUAGCUGCGUGCAUGGGGAGCACUGCGGAGCCAAUAACACAGGAACAGGAUAUGGAGCAGGAAACAGGAAGCGCCAGUCCACAGGGACAUCGCAGUGAACAGUCUGGCCCGCUCCAAGUACUGCUGAUGCCCAAUCAGGAGGGGGAAGAGGUCCGGCCAGCCUACCAGGAUGCAACCCUGGGCCCUGGUCAGCCCCCUCUCCACUCAUCCCUCCCACGCCCUUCCACCAACAACCCCCCAGCACAGGUUGAGGAGGUUGAGAAGGGGGAGCAGGUGAGGAGUGGUGAGGGAGGACAGGGAAUGAGCCUGGAGGAGUUGUUACAGGCUGGGGGUGUGAGACCUGUUGGCAGACACCUGGCCAUCUCUCUCCCCUCUCUAUCUCUCAGACUCUGGGAUAUGUCUCACACACACGCUCCCCCCUCACACACACACUCUUACUCUGACCCCCAAUACACACACCCUCCAUCCUCACAUACAAACCCUGAGCACCCACACACACACUCCGACCGUCCACCCACCCCCUGCUCCUCCCGCAGUCAGCCCCACCCCUCACCCUCCACUGCCUCUCCACAAUUGCCCGAUCAAGGUUCCGCCGCCAACACCUUCACACGUCAUUGGUCCUCCUGGAGCGUGGACCGCCCAGAUGCCGUGGUUACGCCAUAUGACACACCUCCAGACCGCCGCCUCCCCUUUAGGCCACAUCUCCCCUACCGAAACUACAACUCCCAGCCUGCCCCUGGGCAGCAUGACGCCUGUGACCCUGAGGAGGCAGAGUUUUCAGAGCUGGACUUCCUAUACCGGGCCAGCCUCCAGGCAGGAUGUAGAGGUGGUAGCCCGGUCAGGAGGCUGCAGUGUGGGGUAGGAGGGCCAGCCCGUUCCCUCACCCCCAAUGCCAACAUGGAGAGGAGUGUGUACCAGACUGACUGCAGCAGCACAAUGGUCCACAGUCUGAGCGGCACAAUCAUCAACCCGCGUCGCCACCGUCUUGCCGCAACACGAAGCUUUGCCAUUUUGACGUCACCCUUCACCUCUUGGGCCUGUCCGUCACUCUGUGUUGUCCCUGCCCCUGCAGGAGAUGUCCAAUGGUGCGGGGAGUUUCUGGUGUCUGACUGGGGUGAAGCUGUCUUCAGACCACUGAUCUGCCUCCAUAUGCAUCUACACUACAGGCUCUCUGGGGUCCUAACCCUCCACACCGCUACAGGCUCCUUCCAGGCCAGCCCUCUGGGGUUCUAACCCUCCACACCGCUACAGGCUCCUUCCAGGCCAGCCCUCUGGGGUCCUAACCCUCCACACCGCUACAGGCUCCUUCCAGGCCAGCCCUCUGGGGUCCUAACCCUCCACACCGCUACAGGCUCCUUCCAGGCCAGCCCUCUGGGGUCCUAACCCUCCACACCGCUACAGGCUCCUUCCAGGCCAGCCCUCUGGGGUCCUAACCCUCCACACCGCUACAGGCUCCUUCAAGGCCAGCCCUCUGGGGUCCUAACCCUCCACACCGCUACAGGCUCCUUCCAGGCCAGCCCUCUGGGGUCCUAACCCUCCACACCGCUACAGGCUCCUUCCAGGCCAGCCCUCUGGGGUCCUAACCCUCCACACCGCUACAGGCUCCUUCCAGGCCAGCCCUCUGGGGUCCUAACCCUCCA